GGGAGGGGAGGGGCCCCUGCUCUGGGCAGUUCUUCUCUGACCACUCUGAAACAGUGUCUUCCUGCCUGGGAGAACAGGACAUCUCUGUGACUAGGCCUGAAGUCCCCUACACCCUCAGGAUGGCUGCGGGACCCAGCUGCCAGCCCCAGUGUGGGCUCUCCCUGCUGCUGCUGCUUCUGGUCCUACCGCUCAAGAGCCAGGCCAGCACUGGCUGCUACGGGAUCCCAGGGAUGCCAGGCAUGCCGGGGGCCCCUGGGAAAGAUGGGCACGACGGACUCCAGGGGCCCAAGGGUGAGCCAGGAAUCCCAGCCAUCCCUGGGAGCCGAGGACCCAAGGGUCAGAAGGGUGAGCCUGGCAUGCCUGGCCAUCGUGGGAAAAAUGGCCCCAUGGGGACCUCUGGGUUGCCAGGGGAUCCCGGCUCCAGGGGCCCCCCCGGGGAGCCGGGCGAGGAGGGGCGAUACAAGCAGAAGCACCAGUCGGUGUUCACGGUCACCCGGCAGACCGCCCAGUACCCCGCGGCCAACGGCCUCGUCAAGUUCAACUCGGUCAUCACCAACCCUCAGGGGGACUACGACACGAGCACCGGGAAGUUCACCUGCAAAGUGCCCGGCCUCUACUACUUCGUCUACUACGCGUCGCAGACGGCCAACCUGUGCGUGCACCUGCACCUCAACAACACCAGGAUGACCAGCUUCUGCGACCACAUGUCCAACAGCAAGCAGGUCAGCUCCGGAGGGGUCCUCCUGCGGCUGCAGAGGGGCGACGAGGUGUGGCUGGCGGUCAACGACUACAACGGCAUGGUGGGCAUGGAGGGCUCCGACAGCGUCUUCUCUGGCUUCCUACUGUUUCCCGACUAGAAUGGCAGGCUGCUUCCAGCCCCCUGCCGCCCACCUCGCUCGCACCGCUUCCCCAUCCUCACUCAGACCUCCUCCUCCAGGAAGGCCACCCUGGUUCCUGAUCCAUUAGUCCUUUGUUUCCUCAGAGCAUCUCUGGGAACCACCUACUGGUUCUAUUCCUGUGGUUUAUCGACACCUUGUGGGACUAUUUUUUUGUUCAUGUGGGGAGACAGAGAAAUAAAUAGAUCACUAAAUA